UUAUGCUGUAAAUAAGGUGAAGCUCAUUGUUGAGAGCAGUGUUGCAAUCAAUGUUAAGGCCAAUUCUAAGUCAAUUAUUUGUAUAUAUGAAAACCUAAAACACUUUUUACCAAGUAACGCAAUUCAAAAUAUGAGAUGGUUGGUGCUUUUCUUCAUACAUUUAUCUAAAAAGCCAAUAUAUUAUCUUAUUCCAGUGGUCCCUUAUGCUGUAAAUAAGGUGAAGCUCAUUGUUGAGAGCAGUGUUGCAAUCAAUGUUACUUGGGAGCCAAAUGGAGAUAAAUCAAUCAGUCCAAUCAUGUACAGAGUUCUAUAUAAGAGGGAUGACAAGCAUCAAUGGCAG